AUGUCAGGAACAAAACUUGAUGGUUUUCUCUAUAGGAAUUGGUCUGUUCAAGACAUAAAUGUGACAGAGGAGCCACUUCUCAACCGAUCUGAUUAUGAUGAUGAGUUUCUCAACUAUCUCUGGAGGCAAUAUUUACACCCUAAGGAAUAUGAAUGGGUGCUAAUUUCAGGAUAUAUUGCAGUAUUCAUCAUUGCUCUAAUUGGAAAUAUUUUAGUUUGUGUUGCAGUUUGGAAGAAUCAUCAUAUGAGGACUGUCACCAACUAUUUUAUAGUCAACUUGUCACUAGCAGAUGUGCUUGUCACUAUCACUUGCCUUCCAGCAACAUUGGUAGUUGACAUAACUGAAACUUGGUUCUUUGGAAAAACUCUUUGCAAAGUAAUUCCCUACUUACAGACAGUGUCAGUUUCUGUGUCUGUGCUCACGCUGAGUUGCAUCGCCUUGGAUAGAUGGUAUGCAAUUUGCCAUCCAUUAAUGUUUAAAAGCACUGCCAAGAGAGCAAGAAACAGCAUCAUAAUUAUUUGGAUAGUGUCCUGUGUUAUAAUGGUCCCUCAGGCUAUUGUCAUGGAGUGUAAAAGUGCGUUUCCGGAUUUAGCCAACAAAACAGUAUUAUUCACUGUUUGUGAUGAGCGCUGGGAAGGAGAAAUUUACUCCAAAGUAUACCAUAUCUGUUUCUUCUUUAUAACAUACAUGGUUCCAUUGUGCCUGAUGAUUCUAGCAUAUCUGCAAAUUUUUCGAAAGUUGUGGUGUCGUCAGAUUCCAGGAACUUCAUCCAUAGUUCAGAGGAAGUGGAAACCCUUACAGUGCCCAGUACAAUCCAAGGGGCAAGGACAACAAACAUGUAAACCUAGAAUUAAUGGUGUGGCUGCUGAAAUUAAACAGAUUCGUGCCAGGAGGAAGACUGCUCGCAUGCUCAUGGUGGUUCUACUGGUGUUUGCUAUAUGCUAUUUACCAAUAAGUAUCCUUAAUAUUUUGAAAAGAGUUUUUGGAAUGUUUGCUCAGACAGACAACAGGGAAACAGUUUAUGCCUGGUUUACAUUUUCUCAUUGGUUGGUGUAUGCUAAUAGUGCAGCUAAUCCAAUAAUUUACAACUUUCUUAGUGGUAAAUUUAGAGAAGAAUUCAAAGCGGCCUUUUCGUGCUGUUGCCUUGGAGAUAAUAAUAACCAAGAUGAAAACUUAAUUCGAGGAAGAACCAGCAAUGGAAGUAGAAAAUCACUGACUACACAGAUCAGCAACUUUGAUAAUGUGUCAAGAAUCUCAGAACAUGUUGUCCUAACAAAUAUUAGCAGUCUGAACACAAAUGGUACUGGACAAUUACAAAACUGGUAA